AUGGACAGUCGCCUCCCUUUUCCCAGAAUCAACUACAUGCUUGGCCAGAAUUACUAUUAUGUGCCUCAGUGCACAUGGGCCUACGAAGACUGUGUUGGCAUGCAAUGGCCUGGCCCGUACGGCUCUGCGAUUGAGAACGUACUCUAUACUCUGAGCGAUCCUCUACAGACCGAGAACUUGACCGCUUGUCUUCUCAGAAACCUCCAGCCCUGCGGGCCGCCGACCGAUACGGUGGAAUCCAAAUUGCUGGCCGAAAACUUGGCUAAGAUGCCAGCGGAGAUCUUAGACAACAUCCUUGCCAUGAUGGGGAGCGACCUGCCACGUGUUUCAUCCUAUCUUCUUCCACAGGCGAUUUGGAAGGAACAGCUGAAAGCGGGCUCGAAUGGUCUUCUCCCGUGGCUAUGGGACAUUGAACCAGAUUUGGUUGAUGAGAAGGAUGCUGAGGCAUACGGCGCCGGCUUCGAGUGGGAUUGGGAAUUGUUGGUUCGCCAGCUCACUCGGGGCGUUGACUUUGGAGUCCGGCCCGAGAUCCCUAAAGACCAGCCCAUAGGAUGGCGUUUCAAGGAUUUUGCCUCGACUGGCUACCAUUCCGACCUCGAACAUGUGCCUUCCGGGUUACACAAUCGCCGCCGCAUUUGGCAGCUGCUCGAAGAGAUGUUUGUUGGUGAUGGAUUACCCUGGCCCAGGGAAAACGAACCCGUUAAGGAGAGGCUCACGCCUCUUUUUUGGGACAAGUCUGGGCGCAUCUUGCCCUCCCCAAUCUGGAUUCCCCUGCUUGAUUUCGGAUAUGAUAAGUCCCAUAACGACCGAGUUUUUCAUAGACGGCUUGGGGGUGAAGUCUACCGAGUAGAGGGUCUAAGCAAGUAUCCGUUGCAGUACUGGCAAAAGCAGGGCGACAAAAGCAGCGAUACAGACAAAGCCACUUUCGAACAGAGUGCGACGGUGCAAGAGAUUUACGGCGUUCUGCGAUCACUGGGCUAUCCUGUUUGA